GCCUCCUCUACAACUAACAACGGGCCUUCUGCUUACACUUGGCUCCAUUGCCAUCUGUCACAGAUUCCUCCAAGCUGUCACUCUGUUCUGCUUGCCCAGCAUCAGCUAAAAGUUGAUGUUGGGGCUCAUUGUACAUUAGUGACCACAGACACCACCUGGGAAAACAGAACACACCUGUGAGGCAGGUGGACCGCCCACCUUCUGCAUACGUAUUUCUGGUGGAAUGUGAGCAAAGGUGUGUGUUCCAUAUUCUGGGUGAGUUUCCCAGACUGUAGAGAAUUGGUGUGUGAUACACAGUUGGAUUGGCUGUCACUUGGCUCCCCUUUGCCCUCUCCUGGCCGAAAUGAACGAUUUGAUUUUUUUUUUUUGCCUAUUGCUACUCAAUAAAAAAUGGUUGCUUUUUUGCUCUUGGGAUUCUCAAAGAGGAAAAAAUACUCUUGGUGUGCUGACAUAACCGCACUAAGGAAGCAAAACUAGUAGGUUUGCUUUUGAGUUAAUGCUUGCUACCCAACCCAGGUCUCAGGUUGGACGUUUUGGGAUUUUUUUCAUAUGGCACAUCAUAUACCUGUACCUAGAAACACACAUUCUCAGCGCUGCCGUUUUAGGAAGAUGACGAGGACUGUCUGAAGACAGUACAGCCUGUGACGCCCUGGGCCAGCUUCAUCAUUCCAUGGAGUCAUAAAGGGCGGUGGGAGACCUCGCUCCUUCCAUUUCACAUUAGACUGGGAAUGGCAGAGGAGGAGAAUUUAUACCUGGCCUCGCUAAGGACAGCCUCGUCCCCCACUGCUGACCUCCAGCCCCUCGAAUACACGCACUGGAUAAAUGGCCUUAUUUAAAUGGACUUACUGGCAGUGAGUGGGGACCUACUUCAGUUUGUCAGCCAUGCAACCCCCUCCCCCACCUGCCAGAAAACAACCCACAAAGCAGCCCCCUCAGAAGGCAGUGCCAUGGGGAAAAAAGGUGGAAAGUAUGGGGAGCAGAGAGGUCGGGAUAAUCUGGUCUGACCUGUUUUCAAGGCGAGGCUAGAACAGAAACUGCUUCUUGGUGAAGGUGGGCGUGGAUUCCAGAAGCCGCAGUGGGGCAUUCAGAGCCCUUCCUGCUACAUCAGGCUCUCUCCUAGGAAAUGGGACAAGCCACGGGGAAGCUGGCAGAACUGAGUGGCUUGCAGUCAUUUGGGAAUUAGGCAUUUUGGAUGCUGAUCCCAGAUGUGCUGCUUGCCAAAGUCUUGGUGUGGGACAGCAAGUUCUUCAACCUCUCCAAGCCUCAGUUUUCUCACCUGUAAAUGAGGGGAUUUGACCAGGUGACCUGAGAUCCCUUCUAGAAGCUCUAAUCCUCGAUGAUUAUAAUCUAUUUUACUUGUGAGAGCUUUCCAUCGCUCUCAUGUUCAUCGGCUGUCUGCAGCUGCAGAUUCUCGUUGACACUGGAAGCAGCAACUUCGCUGUGGCGGGUGCCCCGCAUCCCUACAUAGACUCUUACUUUGAUGCCAAGAGGUCCAGCACCUACCGCUCCAAGGGCUUUGACGUCACCGUGAAGUACACGCAAGGGAGCUGGACCGGCUUCGUUGGGGAGGACCUUGUCACCAUCCCAAAAGGCUUCAACAGUUCUUUUCUUGUCAACAUUGCCAUUAUUUUUGAGUCAGAGAAUUUCUUUUUGCCUGGGAUUAAAUGGAAUGGGAUACUUGGACUUGCUUAUGCUACCCUGGCCAAGCCAUCAAGUUCUCUGGAGACGUUCUUUGAUUCCCUGGUAACACAAGCAAAAAUCCCCAACGUCUUCUCCAUGCAGAUGUGUGGGGCGGGAUUGCCAGUAGCUGGACCUGGUACCAACGGAGGUAGUCUUGUCUUGGGUGGAAUUGAACCAAGUCUGUACAGAGGAGACAUCUGGUAUACCCCUAUUAAGGAGGAGUGGUAUUAUCAGAUAGAAAUCUUGAAAUUGGAAAUCGGAGGCCAGAGCCUUAAUCUGGACUGCAGAGAGUACAACGCGGACAAGGCCAUCGUGGAUAGUGGCACCACACUGCUGCGCCUGCCCCAGAAGGUGUUCGAUGCGGUGGUCGAAGCCGUGGCCCGCACAUCUCUGAUUCCAGAAUUCUCUGAUGGUUUCUGGACUGGGUCCCAGCUGGCGUGUUGGACAAAUUCGGAGACACCUUGGUCUUACUUCCCUAAAAUCUCCAUCUACCUGAGAGCUGAGAACUCCAGCAGAUCAUUCCGUAUAACCAUUCUGCCUCAGCUUUACAUUCAGCCCAUGAUGGGGCCUGGCCUGAAUUAUGAAUGUUACCGAUUCGGCAUUUCACCUUCCACGAAUGCGCUGGUGAUUGGUGCUACCGUGAUGGAGGGCUUCUAUGUGGUCUUUGACAGAGCUCGGAAGAGGGUGGGCUUUGCAGCAAGCCCCUGUGCAGAAAUUGCAGGUGCUCCGGUGUCUGAAAUUUCUGGGCCUUUCUCAACCGACGACAUAGCCAGCAACUGUGUCCCCACCCUGCCUUUGAAUGAGCCCAUUUUGUGGAUUGUCUCCUAUACUCUCAUGAGCGUGUGUGGAAUCAUCCUUCUUAUCUUAAUCAUCCUGCUGCUACUUCCAUCCCGGUGUCAGCAAGACCCCCAACACCCUGAGGUUGUCACUGAUGAGUCCUCUCUCGUCCGACAUCGCUGGAAAUGAAGAGCAAAGCCUGAACUCAGGCAACCUUGAACUCAACUAUUAAGAGAAAUAAAUUUCAAGUGCAGCAAGCAGGGGUUAUAAGGCAAGGUUUCUUCCUAUGUCAAUUACUCUUAAAUCUCUGUUCUGCUCCCAGAUGCCUUCCAGACUCACUGUAUUUUGAUUCUUAAUUUUAAAGCUUCCUCCUUCUCGCCUACUUCCAAGAAAAAUGAUAAUAAAAAACACCUCAUUCUAAACCAAAACAGAGUGAAUUGGGCUUCAGACUUUAUGUGACUGGUUAUGCCAAACUGUCUAGGUGUGCCACCCAAAAAAAAAAAAGCAAGCCUUGGCUAGUUCUCCUCUUCUCCCCAUCUCUGGAGAAAUGAGUGCAUAUCGUUUAUAACUCCUCUUAGCUAAUGGGAAGCUUUUUGUAUUAAUUGCAUUUAAGAGUAUUUUGCACCAAGCCUCAGCCUGAGUCAGAGUCAUACAAGAAGGCUUGCAAUAUGAUGGCAGAAGAAGAAGCUGGAGCCUGAUGAUAUAACCAUCCUGCCCCCUUCUGAGUUGGAAAAGAAGCAGUAAGCCCCUUUUCUGGGUCUCUCUGUGCUCUGAAUGGGAGCUAGAAUCCUCAAGGAGGAGAUCAUCACCAAACAGCCUUCACCAGCCUCCUCUGAAGAUAGAAGGCCUUCUGUCCAUCGUGGUAGAGUGGGAAGGAAACCUACUCUUUUGUACUUGCUACUUUCAUAGUAUUGUUGGUAUAAAAGUCUACCUCUGUUGAGACUUUGCCUAGGGUCCUGUGCCUGGGUGUGAGUGCAGGCAGCCUGGUUCCAGCUGCUGCCCUCACCUAAAAGAAUCCUCAUUCCAACAGGUGAGAUGUAACAGGUGCUGAACUGCACAUCAACCUGGAGAAGUUCUGUCACCAAGCUUGUCAUUAUUUGCAUAUGCUUAGUCUCCCUUAAAAUUAAUAAACAGGGUUUUAAUGCGAAACACAAAUUCUAUUUCACUAGCUUAGUUGUUUCUUUCUCCAAAUUUUCUCUGAAGGUAGGUUGAUUGUUACCCUUUGGGGAAAUAGGGAAAUGGCUAAAUGCCCUUACUUCUAAGCAGCUCUCAAGGGAAGGAAAAUGCAAAACCUGCAAAGGACGGGAAGGGAACGCGCACUUCUUCCUGUGCUUUGAAACCAUGUGUUUCUGUUUGCAGAAUCCCCUAGACUCAAGCACACCCAUCUGAAUCAGCUUAAAUAAACCUGUUGAGCAGUUGACCCACAUCCUUCUUCCCCUUGGAAUGUUCAAUCUUUGGUGAUGAGUUGGAUGUGCAGUGGUAUCCUUAUUUGAGGAAAUUUCCACUUGCUAUCAUUUAUUUAAGGCCUUUGCCAAAGAAAAGCAGAAGACUUUAACUCAGUGUAGUCAGCUUUAUGUGAUCUGAGGUAAUUAGGAGAAGGGUUCAAAGCCAAUAGCCCUUCUCUCUUGUUCUUGUGCCAUGUUCGCUGUUCACUCUGCGUUGCUAUUGGAAUGAGUUGGGUAUAUAAUAAAAUUCCACUGGAAGGGCUAACUAUGGAGCAUCUUCUCCAGCUGGAGUGUUGUGUUCAAAAUAGGCUACAUGUGGAUGUUUCAGCUAUCUGGUCCUCACUGGCUCCCCAGGUCACCUCCAUAUUUAGAAAUAUAUGACCAUGCCAAAGAGAUGUGGGGCCACUUAUACGUGCCAUGGUGUCCUUGCAGACUCUCCAGCAGCCAGAAGGAUCUGUGAGAUUGUUGUGGAGAAGGUUUAAGUUGCAUCUUAAAAAGAACAUGAGUCUUCUGUGUUCUUCAAGAUAUAGCUCAAGCAUGGCAGGAACAAUGCCCUCUUGGAAUGGGACGCUAGGAGGGGAUUCUGUCGUCAGAUGCUCAUUAUCAUUUCUGGUCUCGGCUAGUUGACGGGAUAAUUUCAACAUACAUUUCAGAGUUAGAAGUCUCUGGAAGUCUGAUUCUCUUCUUGCCCUGUUGGCUUUUUCACUGGUUCCUAUUUUGUGGGCCACUUUGCACACACUUGAAGGCAACACCCCUAGACUGUGCUUUUUCCCUUUGCUGUGAAAAGUCUGAACCCCUGAAAUGAAAAGAGAGAAUUGCAGAUAUGACCCAGUUAGUUUUGCUCCGUAUUUCUUCAUACAGGUGUCUUCUGUUCCCUUGUCUUAUGUUAGAUUCUGAGCUGGGGAACAUUUAUGUUGCUGCAUAUUAGCAGGCACUGUUCCCAGAAUACAUGAUAAUAGCAAGUUAGAUGUCAGGCUAGGGUAUUUGAAUGAAGUUUGCUAUAAUGCUCUGUAUUUCCUAUCAAAUUUCUCUACCCUUUCAUCUCAGAUGUCAUUGGAUGUGACAUUUUAAUGGAAAUACUUAAAUUACAAAAGCAUAACUUAGCGACAGGGAUGAAAUAGACGAUUGAAUGUGGGCUGUUUUCCUGGCAUGCUUUGCUGCUGAAAAUUGGACUUUGAGUCAAAACCCUGUUAGUGACACCCACCUCCUCGAGUUACGUAAAUUGAUACUUGGCUUGGAAAACUUUCAAGGAGGCUUGCUUUGAACAGGAAAGGAAGUAGCAACCAUUUGAGGGUGUCAUUUUUACCUUGUAACACACUGUGGAAAAUGCUGGAAGAUGGUCCUUUCCUGAAAGAUGCAACUUAACAUUAGGUUGUUGUCAAAACCUUGUCAACUCUCUGAUGGGAAAUGGAUGCUUCUCCAUGAGCAAUUUUUUUUAAAUAGGGUGAUGCUUUAUAUCCUUGAUAAGUUAUUCGGAAAGCUGAAAUGAAAUCCUGUCUUCAGCAACUGAAGCUGUUUAUGGAAAAGAGCAAGAAAUGAGUUGGGGAUUGAUUCUAUUUUUUUCCUCCAGAAUUUAAAAAAACCACAAGGCAUUGGUUGACCUUUAUCGUACACUAUUUUGUGUUUCUUAGAAUCAAAAACAAGUACCUAGCAUUAAAGAAACAGAUUCCUUGAGUGUGACAGUGGAGAAUGUUUCCCUGAACACAGUCUGCUCCCAAAUAUUUGGAAGGAUUCUCUACUGAUUCAUUGUGAAAUGCAAAGCUUUUGGUUGGAGAUAAAUUUUGGGUCAAUUAUGGUUCGAAAUUAUGAAAGGAAUUCCCAGUGAUGCAGCAUUAACAACUCUGCAGAGCUUUGAGAGUUUUUUUGCAAAGCCGUUGUGAUUUGGAAAUUCCAUUAAUUCACUUAAGAGGUGAGGAAGGAUUAUUUCACUAUUUAAUAGGUUCUUCACACUAAUGAAAAUUUGCUAAAUUCCUCUUACCAGAUCCCCACAUGGUGGAGUUGCUCAGCAUAGUUCAGUUCUAAGUUCUGGCCUGGUGUCACUUGAUGUCUUUGGGAAUAAAUCACUGCCCAACACCUGUUCCAUAAACAGCAAUAAUUGAGUUUCACAGACUUCAUCCUUUUCAGUGGAAACCAAGUAAUUGGAUGGAAUCCCAGUGCAUUUUCUCUUGCACAAACUUAUUAGAAUUGAUUACAGAACUGUUCAGAGGAAAAAACUUGCCACUAAGAUUUUUUCUUUUUUACGAAAAACAACUAAACACCACAAAAUGUAAAAUUACAGGUUUUGCCAAGAGACUAGGUUUUUAGUGCCAAGAAAACUCCACACCACAGAAGUUACUGUGUACAUUUCUAGUGGGUUUUAAGGAUUUCAGAUUUGAACCUAUGGCAGUUUACCAAUUAAAUAGCAAGCUGGAAAAAUACAUUUCAAAGUGGGGAAGGAAAAUAAAAAUAUAAUCAAAAGUAUGCUAACAAAAUAAGAAUUUGCUGUUUUGGAAAAGUAGCUUUAAUUGCAGGAAUCCUCAGAUUUCUUUUACCCUUAAAGUUGCUGAGUCUGUUGGAGAUGUGAUUUAUUUUACGCAGCCACAAAUCCCAAACUUCAAGAAUAUUCAAGCUGGAGUCGUGUGUUGGAUAUCAGCAUGGACAAAGUGAAAAAAUGUGGCCCCUUACGCUUUGCAUUGCCCAAUCCAGGCGAAGAUUGGUUCAUUCAAGGAACAGAGAGUAGAGGAUGGUUGAGACUUGGAAAAUUCUAGAAUCUGGGAAAGGAGGUUGGGUAAGAAGUCAUAUCCCUUGGUCAGCAGAUGACCACAAAGGUCUGGAGGGGCUGACGACAUCCCUGUAUGUCGUAGACUACACACUUCACCCAAGUUUUUGGCACAGCCUACUUUUUAGGAAUUAUCCAAAGGAACCUCUUAGGAUUUAUAAUUUGUCAAAGAGAAAGUUGCUUUGUAGCCGUAUUUAGAUCCCCUCUGUCCUAGUAAAACUAGAGGUGCCUGAACUCCCAAGCAGGACACGGUCCUUAGGCUGCCAGUUCAAGAUUGUGCACUAGGAAGUUCAUAGGGCAGGGUCAAGAGGCUGGAGCCAAAGGGGAGGUGGCAAAGUUUGAGAUCUGAGCAUCUGGGAGAGGGUCCUGGCAGCCGCUGCCCUGAGAGUCUCAUUGAAAGCCAGAGCAACUCAGAUGCAGCCAUUUCCCCCCAACCAUGCUGGGCCAGCCCACUGAUGUGGAAAGACUCCUGCAGGUUCCUGACCACACUGCUCUGGGAACCCCUUCUGUCAGAGACACCUCCAGGAAGAAGAGCUUGAAGGGGAGCAGAAGGCUCCUUCAUGUCACUGCUGUCAGCCUCUGAGCCCCUGUGCAUCAGUGUGGCCCAGGGGCCACCAGCAUCCCUCGCAGGUCCAUGUCAUCCCGGAGCUCACCCUGGUCCUAUUCAGAGUCAAUGCAGUCAUUAGUCUCCCCUGGAGAGUCUAGUGAAACACAACCCAUGACUUUCAGCCUUGGGCAAGUGCCCUGGGUUGGUGAGAAUGUCUUCCUGGGGGCGGGUGAAGACAGCCUGACACAGCUAUUAGCCAUAUUUGAGGAAUGGGGAAGUGAGAGCAAAGCCAGGCCUCGUAAGUGACAUCCAUGUGUCUGUAAAACUUCUGGUCACAUUAGUUGUUUGAGGACACACAACUUCAACCAAUCCAUACUGUGUUUUCUCCCCUACCUGAGCUUUCUCUGGGUUUUUUAUAAUCAGAUAUCACAUACAGAUGUCCAGUCUUUCUAAACUACAUUGCACUGUGUAAUUUUACAGCACACUUGCUCUUCAAGAGCAAGCGCCCAGUAGCUAAAGGCUGGGUCAAGAGGCACAUAAAGGUUCCUGAUACAUUCAGAUCCAGCCCAAGGCAAGAGUGACUCCAGAGUGCCUGAUCUUUGAUGCUCCAGGGCCUCUACGUGUCCCGUGAAGCCUUUGGGUACUUGUUGUGUCCAGUUAGCAUCUCAGGUUACAGGAGAGGCUGUGCUGGUAGAAUACCUGUCUCGCCUCUAGAUAUCCGCUGGUCAGGGUCUGCCCGUGCUUACCGAGCAGCGAUGAGAAGUGGGCAGAUCCCUUUACAGGUGGAGAAUGAUUUGUAUGGGACCAACUGGGUAAAGUCUGAAUUGUACGUAGCACACAGGUGUACCCCACACAUAUCAAUCUGAGUAGAAUAUUUUGUCAAUAUAGAUUUAUAAUUAUAUAGUUACAAAUUAUAGAUUUAUAAAAUCGAGUUCAAAUGAGUUAAGCACAACUGUCAUCUUAAUGGUAUUACUAAAAGGAGACUCAAAACAUUGAGCAUCUUGGAAACCUCGCUUCCUUUACCAAUAAUGUUUUUCCACAGAAUUUUCUUCAUUUACGUUGGACUAUAUGUGUUUUUAUUCAUGGUGCAUGCACGGAUCAGAAUAUCGUAAGAAGGCAAGAGUGUCCAAAAGGCAGGGCUUAUUUUUUUUUCUCUAAGUGCUGUAUGUAGAAGUUGUUGAAAAUUUCCUGAUAUAACUAAGAUUUCAGUUUGCCUCAUUUUACCUUUAUUGAGGUAAAAUUUCACGUUUUUGAAGUUAACACUUCUGAAUGAAAAUUAAGGAAACAUUAAAAGAUUAUCUUUUUGAGAUAAAGAAAAUAUGAACGAAGCUAAUUAAGGAUCUAAUGAUCUAUAAUGAAAAUCACCAAAAGUAAACUUACUUAACUCCAGUUUCAUAUACAAUUUUGUGUUCUUUGUAGCUAGUGGUAACGACUUGGGAUUGUUUUUUCUCAUUUUCCUAAUUGUAGAUAUAAUGUUUUACAUUCUCAUCAGUGAGUUUUGAAAUUCUACUUAGCGUUGGAAUUACUUAAUAUAAUGAGAGGAAAGAGGAUGAAUGAGAUUUGUCACAUGCUAAUAAAAGCUGAAUGUUUGUAAUCUAAAAGGAUGUAUUUCCUACUAUUUCUGUUAAUUUGCACUAGUAUAUAGUUAAGUAUAUGAGUUAUAUAUAAAGUAUAUAAGUUAAAUAUACUUAAAGUUUAAAAUCCCUAUGUUCGGUCACUUAAAGCAGCCACUCAUUUUUUCUUUAAAAAGGUGACUUCUGCUGCUCUAGCAGUGUUUCUGUACUGGCCAAAGAGCUGUAAGCCUUGUAUUCUAAAAAGGAUGCUAAAUAUAGUGCUUUGCAAAAUGGAUUUAUGUGUGUAUCUCAGAUGAACAUCCUUUAAUACACAAUUCUUCAGUGUAAUUUGUAUUUCUGAAAAUGCUUAAGAUUAUUUUCUAUUUGCCUUUUGGAAUUUUCCUCUGUUUUUAGUAUACCGUGUUGAUUUAAAUUCAAGUCAUGGUAGGACCAAGAGUAGCAGUUAAAGAGGUAUCCAUUCCAUCCUAGAAGUGGCCCUGUAGCUACUGACCUGUGUCCAAAUUGUGCGCUUCAAACCUGGAGUUUUCUAAAAUAAUCUUAUUUUUAUACCUGUAUGUUCCACCAGUUUAAGAUGUUGUAUACCAUUGAAAAGGAAAUAAAAGAGUUUGGUUUGUUUGAAUAAAUAAUACUUCCAACUUGUUGGGUUUGGCA